AUGAUCUCCACCAUCAAGACCACCUCUCUCCUGGUCGCCGCCGUCGCCGCGACCGGCGCCGCCGCCACGGGCGUCAGCUGCACCCCGCACGACAGCUACUCGUCCUCGGUCGGCGUGCUGGGCUGCAAGGUCAACACGGACCGCAUCGCCUACUGGCCCGGCUCCGUCGGCUGCGACAACAUCUGCAUCAAGCUGACCAAGGGCUCGCGCUCCGUCCACCUGCUGCGCGUCGACCAGUCGGGCGGCGCCCACGACAUCUCGUACGACGCCUGGGUCUACCUGCAGACGGGCCAGCCGGCCUCGUCGGACCCCAUCGCCGGCGGCGGCGUCGACAUGGAGUACGAGGAGGUGCCCGCCUCCGAGUGCGCCUCCCUGCUCGACAACGGCAAGGUGCCCCUUUCGGCGGCCAACAGCAUGGGCUACGUGUCGGCGUGCCUGGCGCAGCCCGACAGCUUCGUCGCCAAGAACUACGUGCUGUACAACAUCGCCGACGCCAUCUGCUCCAUGGGCGUCGACGAGAAGUGCACGCUCGACCUGGCCGUCAGCAACCAGCCCUCGUGCCCGCACCAGCUCGGCCUCCAGACCAAGCUGACCACCACGCCCGUCUACAACGUCAUGUACCAGACCGGCAAGACGGUCAACGCCGCCACGGGCGAGGAGGCCCCCGCCAGGGCCGCGACCGGCGGCAGCGACUCCGGCUCCUCGUCCUCGUCGCAGAAGCAGGCCGCGCCCGUGCAGGCCCAGCAGGCUCCCCCGGCCUCGUCCUCCCCCGCGCCGGCCCCCGUCGCCCAGCCCGUCGUCGCCUCGUCUGCGCCGGCCCCGCCGCCGGCCCCGACGACCACCAGCCAGGCUCCGCCGCCGCCGCCGCCCCAGCCGACCACGACCAAGACGCCCGCCGGCGCCGUCUUCGUUCCCGAGACGCCCAGCUCCGCUGCCGUCCAGAGCAGCAGCAGCAGCUCGUCCUCUGUUCCCGCUGCUCCCAGAAGCACCAGCACCAGCAGCACCUCGCAGGCGGCGCCCAGCUCGUCCAAGGCUGCUUCUUCGUCGUCGUCGUCGGCUGCCGCCUACACCACCAUGUCCAAGGUGACCACCGUCCGCGUCAGCACCGCCGCCGGCACCGGCAGCCCCAGCGGCGCCGCGCGCCCGUCGACCGUGCCUCAGGGCACCCCGGCCGUCGUGCCCGCCAACGCUGCUGGCGCGCUCGAGCUGUCGUCGGCCGCGCUGGCGAUCGUCGCUGGCGCCAUGGCUGUCCUGGCUGCGUUUUAA